AUGACUUACUUCCAAGCCGGAUUGGCCGCCGAUAUUGAGAUGCUCGGCACGGGCUUCGAUUUCGGCUUCUACAGCACCGCAAGCAACUUUACCGGUUCUGCUGCAGGUGAUCUGCUGACGUUCGAAGCCAUCGAACCGAACACACUCAACGUGAUCACCGGAACGACCGCCUACCGCUUCCAAUAUACUACACGGGACCUUGAACGGCAGCCUCAUAUUUCGUUCCGACCCGAUGCGAAGUUCCCCGUGGUCGCCUAUGCCCACUGCAUCAUUGGUGUCUUCGCCGGCUGUCCUCCCACCACCACCAUCACCACCACCGCCGAUCUCUACGACUACUACAGCUGGAGCCUCCUGAUUGAGAACGGGUACGCGGGUCUCGGAGAUAAUGCCACCCUCCAUAAGUACCUCUCGUUCCCUGCCCACGCCAGCGACCUUUACUACGCCAUUUUGAGCGUGGGUCGCAGCCAGGGAGGCGGGGCCGUGUGGAAGCCGUCGGAGAGUGAGCUGGUCCAAGCCCACGGCGCGGGAGAAUACCUGGGCACCGUGGCUCUAGCACCCGUCAGCAGGAUCUACGAUAUGACAGUGCUCACGGCUGAAACCGUUCUGACAGCCAGCAAGUAUGCGAGCUAUGAUAUCACCUACGAAGCCCUUUGGCUGCCCCUCGCGCUCAAGCGCGUCAUCCCCAGGAUCGACCUCUCCUUCUUCUGCGACACCUUCCUCCAGCGCGUCGACAUCGCUGAGCUCGUGCAGGCAUGCUACUAUAGCAUCAUGUCGCUAGGGUACCGUCUGAGACCGUCAGAAAUGAUUAGAAACACGAGCGCACUCGUGAACAAUGUCCCUAUUCAAGCGUGGCAGAACGCAAUGGCCCCUGCCAAUGGAGGUACAUCGGAUACACCGAUGCUCAUCGCUCAGGGUCUGAAUGACACCGUUGUCCUACCGCAGAUUAACGCCCGCUCCUUCAACGCGAGUUGUCUAUCGGGCAAUGAGGUUCACAUGAGCGUCUAUGCGGACAUGGACCAUACCGGUGUCUUGACGGCGAGUUCUCCUGAGUGGCUGGGGUUCAUUCGGGAUCGCUUCGAGCGGAAGUCGACUAGUGACAGGUGUAGUGUCGUCCAGCGUGCAUCCUUUGACAGGGCUCAUUUGGUGACUGAGGCGGAGUCAAGUGAAGACGCUAGUCUAUGA